GAUUGAGAGAGGAGACGUACUGGUGCUAAUAACAAGAAGUACUCCUACAUAAAGAGAGAGAGAGCUAGCUAAGGGAGUACCGACCGAAAAAGCAGAAACAGCCUGCCUGACCCCAAAAAAAUGGAGGAAGGCGUCGUCGGUGGGGGCGGCGCUGCCGUUCUUGUUGCCUUGCUCGUGACCGUGGUGUUGGCGGUGAUGAGGUCAGCUGGAAGCAGAAGCAGCAAGCGCGGUCGGCUGCCCCCGAGUCCCAUGGCGCUGCCCAUCAUCGGCCACCUCCACCUCAUCCGGCCGCCACCCCACCGCGCCUUCGACCGCAUCCUCGCCCGCCACGGGCCCCUCGUCUACCUCCGCCUCGGGCCCUCCACGCACUGCGUCGUGAUCGGCUCGGCCGACGUGGCGCGCGACUUCCUCAAGUUCGAGGCCAGCAUCCCAGAGCGGCCGCCCACGGCGGUGACGCGACAGCUGGCGUACGGCAAGGCCGGGUUCGCGUUCGCGCCCUACGGGGCCUACUGGCGGUUCGUGAAGCGGCUGUGCAUGUCUGAGCUGCUGGGCCCGCGCACCGUGGAGCUGCUCCGCCCCGUCCGUGCCGCGGAGCUGGCGGACGUGCUGCGCGCGGCGCAGUCGGCGGCGGAGAGGGGCGAGGGCGUCGACAUGAGCCACGAGCUGGUCCGCAUGGCGAACAACAGCAUCAUGAGGAUGGUGGCGAGCGCUCUGCCUGGCGAGAUGGCGGAGGCGGCGAGGGACUGCGCCAAGCAGGUGGCGGAGCUGGUGGGGGCGUUCAACGCGGAGGACUUCGUGGCGGUGUGCCGGGGCUGGGACCUGCAGGGGAUCGGGCGGAGGACCAACGAGGUGCACGCCAGGUUCGACGCGCUGCUGGAGACCAUCAUCGAGGCCAAGGAGGAGGCGCGGAGGCGGAGCCUAAGGCUGGGCCGGCGGGAGAGUAGCAGCAAGGACCUGCUGGACAUGCUCAUGGACGCGGCGGAGGACGACACCGCGGAGGUCAAGCUCACCAGGGACAACAUCAAGGCCUUCGUCCUCGACAUCUUCACCGCCGGGUCGGACACGACGGCCACCACCGUGGAGUGGAUGCUGGCGGAGCUGGUUAACCACCCGGAGUGCAUGGCGAAGCUGCGGGGCGAGCUGGACGCGGUGGUGGGCAGGUCGCGUCUGGUGGGAGAGCAGGACGUGGCCAGGCUGCCCUACCUGCAGGCGGUGCUCAAGGAGACGUUGCGCCUCCGCCCCCCCGCGGUGUUUGCGCAGCGCGUCACUGUGGAGCCCGUCCAGGUGCGCGGCUACACCAUCCCCACCGACACCCAGGUCUUCUUCAACAUCUUCUCCAUUGGCCGCGACGCCACCUACUGGGACCAACCGCUCCACUUCCGCCCCGACCGCUUCCUUCCCGACGGCGCCGGCGCCACCGUCGACCCCAAGGGCCAGCACCCGCAGCUCAUGCCCUUCGGGAGCGGCCGCCGCGCCUGCCCCGGUAUGGGCCUCGCCAUGCAGGCCGUCCCGGCGUUCCUGGCCGCGCUUGUGCAGUGCUUUGACUGGGCGCCGCCGCCGUCGCAGCCGCUGCCGCUUGACAUGGAGGAGGCGGCGGGGCUCGUGUCCGCCCGCAAGCACCCGCUCCUCCUCCUCCCAACGCCGCGCAUCCAACCGCUCCCUUCCUUCUACUCCUGAGCAUCCUCGAUCGUCGAUACGUACACCUGCGAGCCUGCGAUCCUGAUCCAUCCAUUUGUUUUUGUUGACUUGUUACUAGCACCUGCUUUGUUUUACGUACCUCACAUCAAAUAAUUCUUAUUCAACUCAAAAUUAAGCUACAAGUAAGCUAUCUCAUUUUGAGUCAAUGAGUAGAACAAAAUAUCAUGGGCAGGGGCUCGACCUUGUUUGGUCCUACUCAUGGCCACCCUGCUCAUAUCUACUUGGCUUUUAGCAACCCUUAUCCUUGGAGAAGAAAAUUAAAGAGAGGAGGUGCAAUGUAAAACAAUUUAUAAAUAAAACUAGACCAAAGUGAAAAGGUUUGGUUCAAA